AUGGGACCAACACCAUUACGGAAAAAUUUAACAAGACCUUUACAAAUUCUCUCUAAAACUGGAAAGAAAUCAUCUCCAACUACAGUAAGAUCUUCUAUGGUAUUGAGAAAACGUAGUACUAAGCGAAAGGGAGUAGACUCUUCCGAAAGUUUACCAGUUGAGACAGUAUCGAUGGCCAACGAUUUAACGACAAACACCAAACAGAGGAUAGCAUUAAAUCUUUUAGAAUAUGAAAAUUCUACAAAUUUGCUAAAAGAAGUUAACAACUCUACGAGUGAUUCAAAUUCGAUUCAUGAAUUUAUUGGUGAUUCUUCAAAAUCAAGCUUUAGCAGUUUUCGAUGCACAAAUUCAACAAAUUUACAACAAGAGAAUGACCAUACUUUGGAAAAUGAGCGGGAGAUGCUAAAAGAUUCUUUCCAAGAUUCACCAACAACCGUUUUCAAUAAUCAAGAAUAUGAAAUUCCAAUACUUACGGAACAAAUAGAGGAUACAGAUGAUAUCCAACAAGAAUGCUACAUUGCUAAUGAAAAAAUGAACUAUAGUCAUCUAAACCGCGAUUUAUGCUCUGAAACAUCUCCAACAUCUACACAACGAAUAACAACGACAACAAAAAACUUUAUGCCGGAAGAAAGCUACUCAGCAGACAGGAAUGCCUUCCAGGAAGCAUUCAGGGAUGAAUCUAUUAAUCUGUAUGGGGAAUAUCUUCAUGAAAUAGUGCAAAUACAAGGCUAUUAUGUAGUAAAUUAG